AUGUUUGAGGAUUAUGUGACUAGAACAAGAGUUACGAUAGGAAAGAGACACAGAGGGGAAGGACAUAUAUUCUCUAGCAAAAUAAAUUGA